ACAGCAGCUUUUGUGGAUGAAGAUCGCACUUUUGACCUUGAAUGGCGAUAUUCGGAUUGACGUGGUGUUGCUUCUCUCCCGUCAGCUUGGAGGUAACACUCAGCUAAUUUUUCAGUACGCUGUUGUUUUCGUAUGACUCGUCUUUGAGCAAAGUACCAGUGAAUCUACACCGAUCUGCGUCGACUCGAGCCGUUGUCAGCAAUAUCAGGAGAGCACCAAAUUAUUUGUUUCGCAAUUGUUUUGAAAUCUGCUAGGCUGGUCUUGCGUACAAGUAGUAGUGGUGUCGUUUAUUUCUGUUGGCCAUGGCUCACGAGGAUUUGGACUUCAAUCCCUUCUACAAGGCGUUGCAGCGUACACAUGCCGGUAUGUAUGAGCAAGCACAGAGUAGAGGAUGGCUAGUGGUUAUUCCACACUCAUCCACAAUACAUGCUGGCAAUAUGAACACCUCUUUUGCGGAAAUGCACAUCCUGAAGCCGUCGCCCUACUUUCAAGAUCAGUACAUUGCGGCGUCCAAGGAGUCAUACGGAUUCUCUAUUGAGGACGGUGUAUUGCGCACGGAGGCUGGCUUUGACACUGCAUUUUCAGCUAACAUACUCUACGAGGAGCUAGCGUAUAGCAAGGAUUUUAAACCAUUCCGUAUCCUUGUCACCAGUCGUCCGCUAGAUCCAGCGUAUCGGGACCUGGGUCAGGUAGCGGACGCAGACUGCGACAUUGGCAUUCCGAUCUCGCGUCUCGUUCAGGAGAGAGUGGCACUAAACGAUCACACUCGUUUGCUGAAGAGUCUACCCUCCUACGACAGGAUCAUGAUAGCACUAGACAGUGCAAUGGUACAAUUCAACAACAAUUACAUUGUUGUGGACGGUUAUCUAGAGCACACGGCAAAGAAGCUAGACCGCCUCUGCUCGCAAGGUGUGGAGACGGUCUUCACGUUUGUGCCGGCGUUGCGCAAAGUUGCUUUGCAAGAUUCACGGGUAGAGGACUCGAUACGGCUUGCUGUGGAAAGCUACAUCAUGGGCUGGGUACACCAGAAAGUCAUACGUGCCGUCAUCCAGACAAAGAAUGAAGAAGAUGAGGAGAUCUGUGAGCGUUGUAAGCAGUGCAGUGGAAUCACACCGGAGACACUUGGCGUCAGUAAAGAGUUCUGCUGCCCACUACCAGAGGCUAUGGUGGAACUAACUGCUCUGGAUUCGUUCACAACCCCGCUGGAGAAACUCAAUUGUCUAAAGAAUACACUGGAACUAAUAACACAUGGCGUGCAGAAACACAUGACACAAGAUGUUCUUGCGCAAGACAAAGGAAGGGAUGGUCCGGCAGCCAGUCUAGUGUCUGAUGAUUUGAUUCCUAUCCUUGUAACAGUGAUCAUUCAGGCCAAAUGUAAUCGGCUGGCCACUAAUCUGUACUAUGUUGAGAACUUCCACUGGGCAUCAUCAUCUAAAGCAAAUCUUGGCUACAGCUUGGUGACGUUCAAAGCAGCUACCGAAUUUAUCUUGAUGACGGAUAUGAAGUACAUGAUACCUGCCACCAUCGAAGAAGACACAACCAAGGAUAACCCUCUUGCGGCCGCUGUUGCGGCAGCAUCCCAGGGACGAGUUGUUCAGCAGGUGAAACACACGAGUACUAACAUGGAGAACCUGCGGCGUGCUUGGGAGAGUCUGGAUGGCAACAACCGCUCAUCCAGACAGACGGCGGGGGCAGCAACAGCGGCGGCAACGGCACCCAGCUCUGUAACGUCACAGCCAUCAACCGCUGCAUCGUCAUCAGCAUCGUCAUCUACAUCGUCAAUGUACAGUUCGCGGCGUGCGUCUGAGAAAGCGCCCGUCUCUGUGUCCACAUCGGUUUCGUCGCGUUCGCAAGCAGGCAAUGGGAAAAGUCAGAUGUGGCGCCGGAAUACCUGGACAACACCCGCAAGUCAACAGUCGGUGAGCGAGGAGUUGGUUGCGGCUGGCGUAAUCCCACCUUCAGAGUUGCACCGCAGUCGAACACCCAACCGAUCUCCUAUUACUCCAUCAGAAAGCACAGCAAGACCUGCGUCUGCCUUGGUAUCGUCAACACAGUGGUCGACGGCGGCAGCAGCAGUGGACUCUCAGCCCUUCAGCAGUCGCAACAAACCUCGCCGGUCAACUGUGGGCCGCUGGGUGGACGGAACAACGGAGAAACUCUCCUAGCUGACUACUGCACACGACCCCAUCAUCAUCAGCAGCAGCAGCGCUUACUUACUCCUGUGCUCUUCUGUAUGUGCUGGCAUUGAAUCACUCCAAGUAACUAGCUACUAGGACUGUUGCUGACAGUGCUGCUGCUGUUGCUGCUGCUGCUGCUGCUGCUGUUACUGCAGAGAACCGCGCAUCUGUAUUAUGUGCUUCACGUUGGCUGGGUGUGAUGUAUGUACCUACUGCAUGCAACACUGCUGCUGCUGCUGCUGCUGCUGCUGCUGCUGCUGCUGCUGCUGCUGCUGCUGCUACUACAAUGUACUACUGGUCGUCACCAGGUCCAUGGUGUAAACUUGUGGUGUGUUUCACCCGUAGGCUUUCAAGAGUUCCAUAGUAACUGGUUGAAAAUGCUCCACUGCAAACAGCCCAUCCAAUCAUCGUCAUAUUAUUUAGCGGCUGACCACAAAAUACUGAAAUUAUCACAAAAUUCUGCGGGGUGCUUAACUACUAAGAGGCAACUGCCGAUGCACUAGUGACCCUGGAAAAUACGGAGAUUUGAUAAAGAUUUGUUAUGCCUGAAACUAUUAUGCUCACAUCAUAAAACAAGCUAGGAUAACUAGUUCUACUUCUUUAGAGUUUUUCGGCUUUUUUUCAAUAACCCGGUGCCAUUUAAAGUGGGAGCCCAGUUUUACCAAUGCAAGCACCGGCUUACUUGCUCUGUCCAGCAGUGUGUAUUGUGCUCUGUUGCCAUGCUGCAUGUUGCAUCCAUUUCUACAAUAUGAAAAAAGGGAAAUAACUUCUUUUUGCAUUGGAUGGCUGCAUGAGUGGACCUGAUAUAUUUCGCACUUGAUUUUCGCUGAGCCUCACCGUGCAAUAACCACGUUGAGCUGUUACAUUGCAGAUAUCAAACAGAUUGCGAUUGCCAACAUUCUUAUUAUUGCUGAUAACAGUUGCUCUUGCCUGCCUAUUUUCUAUAAUUACCAUAAGCUCGGUUUUCUAUGAUUUUAGUCAAUCGUUUCGCUAUUCUUUUCCGAGUGAUUUGGCUUCUAGUUGUAAUGUGUAUCGGAAUAUUGCUAGUCCUCUGAUGAGCCUAAGCUGGGCGAAGAAGCUGCUUGAAAGUAUGAGGAAUCAAGAUUUAAUAGUGCUACCAGAA